AUGGCGAAAGGGGUCAGCCACCCAUUCUAUUUUGUAUUGCUGACUUGCGUGUCCGAUCUAAUUUUCGGUCAAAUACAAUACGCGAUCCCCGAAGAAAUGGAGCGUGGUGCUUUUGUUGGGAAUAUCGCAGAGGAUUUAGGCCUAACCAUUGGAGAGAUGUCAUUUCGCAAAUUUCGGCUUGUCUCAGAUGACGGAAUGCAGGUAUUUAAGGUAAACAUAGGGAAUGGUAUUUUAGCUGUGAACGAGAGAAUCGACAGGGAUACUCUCUGUGGGCAAAGUGCGACUUGUUCUGUUUCCCAGGACAUAGCGGUGGAAAAUCCAUUGGAAAUGCAUCGUGUCGACGUGGAGAUAUUGGAUGUAAAUGAUAACUCGCCCAGAUUUCCUAAAAUGAGAUAUACUUUAGAAAUAUCUGAGUUAACUACAGCAGGAGCUCUUUUCCCACUGGAGAAAGCGCACGAUGCGGAUGUAGGUACAAAUGCGGUGAGUAAUUAUGAAAUCAGCACAAAUAAGCACUUUGGCCUGAAGACUCGGAUCAGAAGCGAUGGAAGUAAAAUUGCAGAGUUGAUGUUAGAAAACCCGUUAGACCGCGAGCAACACUCUAGUUUUCAUCUGACACUGACGGCCAUUGACGGCGGGACUCCUCGUAGAUCUGGUAGUGCAGAAAUAGUCAUCACUGUACUGGAUGUAAACGAUAACGCCCCAGUAUUUGAUCAUCAGAUAUACAAAAUUAACUUAUUGGAGAAUUUGCCUGAAGGUUCAAUAAUUACAACAAUAAACGCCAUUGAUUUAGACCAGGGAACAAAUGGCGAGAUAAAGUAUUAUUUAAGCAGCCACGUUUCUCGCAGCGUGAGUGAAUUGUUCCGUUUGAACCAAGCAACUGGACAGAUCAGAGUUCAAGGGUCACUGGACUAUGAAGAAAAGAAAGUUUACCAACUUGAUGUAGAAGCUGUGGACAAUGGUACGCCCGCAUUAAUUGGGCGCGCCGAGGUUCUUGUUGAAUUACUUGACGUUAAUGAUAAUGCGCCGGAGUUAAAAAUAAACUCGCUACCCAUCGAGGUACGUGAAGAUGCUGCAAGAGGUACGGUAAUCGCCAUAAUAAAUGCGAUGGAUCGUGAUUCAGGUCAAAAUGGACAAGUGCAAUGUCAGCUGCCACCAAAUAUCCCAUUUACGCUCCAAAAAUCUUCAAACAAACAAUACAGUUUAGUGGUCAGCGAUGCGCUGAAUCGCGAAAUCUCGCCUUUCUAUAACAUCUCCAUUUCGGCCUGGGAUGCUGGGUCACCCCCUCUUUCCACAAAUAAAACUAUCCACAUUUCAAUUUCUGAUAUAAAUGACAAUGCACCGCAAUUUACACAGCCGUUAUAUAAUGUGUUCCUGAUGGAAAACAAUGCUCCAGGUGCAUCAAUAUUUACUGUUACUGCUUUAGACCCUGACUUCGGCAAGAAUAGCGAGAUAUCGUACUUCUUAUUGGACAGUUUCAUUCAUGAAAGUUCUGCGUCUGGUCACUUUAGUGUUAACUCGGAAAGCGGGAGCCUUCACGCGCUACGCUCUUUUGAUUAUGAAAUACAGAAGAAUUUUCAGAUCAAAGUUCAGGCUCAGGAUGGUGGAACUCCCUCACUGACCGGCACUACUCUCGUAAAUAUUAUUAUCCUGGACCAAAACGACAACGCCCCAGUCAUUGUAUCACCUUCAAAUUACAACCUGUCCAUAGUGAUUGUACCAAAAUCUGCACAUCCCGGAUACUUGGUGACCAAAGUAAUUGCUACAGACGCAGAUUCUGGGCAGAAUGCAAGACUUUCCUAUCAGCUCAUAGAAGCUACUGAUCACAGCAGCUUUAGCAUUGGGUUUACCUCUGGCGAAAUUAGAACGCGUCGGACGUUUAGCGAGCGAGAUGCUCAUAGACAGACGAUUGUUGUUUUGGUCAGGGACAACGGGCAACCGAGCCUCUCCAGUACAGUUUCAAUUUUCUUUACAAUCCGAGGUAACAUUACUGAAUACACUUUCGAACAAAAAAGCAAACCUCGAAAUCCAGAAAUAUUUUCAGAUUUAAAUUUUCUAUUGAUCAUUAUUUUAGGAUCAACUUCCUGCAUAUUUCUCUCAAUAAUAGUUUUUCUGGUGGCUGUGAAAUGCAAACAAGACCGGAAUACAUGCUGUCACACGUCCAGAAUCAGUUGUUACAGACAAAGAAAUUCAGCCGAUGCUUCUCAUAGUCGAGCUGUUGCAAAAACAAAUUUAAAUUAUCCAGAUUCUGCACAAACUCUGCCUAUUCGGGAAUCAUGUAAUUACACUGUCUGUCUCUCACCAGAAUCCUCGAAGACCGAUUUUUUGUUUUUAAAACCGUGUCACCCGACAUUGCUUCUGGAUGAUAUUAGUAUUCGUGAUACGGCGAGAUAA